CGCUGAUGGGGGGAUGCGGCGGUAAUUCCCCCCCGCCCUUCUCCCUUUUUAAGCACCCCCCACUCCACCCGUGGCCGGCGUUUUGGGGGGGCUGCAGACACACGUGAGGCGGGCGCAGGGUGGGAGGGUCGAGCCAGCCCCCCUCCUCCUCCUUUCCCCACCGUCUGCCUAAUUUAAUCCCCCCCCCGCCCCAGCACACAUCAAACGCCGGCCUCGGGGGCCAUUAACAACUUAAAGCACCGAUCGUACCUGCGGGACAAAGGUUUUUGCUCCAGGUCCUUGGAGAGAGCAUCGCUGUCUCUCACCUUCCCGGCUGUGUACCCCCCCUUUGACACCCCCCUCCCCGCCCCCCGGGACUGCUCUAACCUCCUUAUCUCCCGCCCGGCCGCAUCUCCCCCUGCCUCCCCCGGGGGAGUUGUUGGACGGGGCGGGGGGGGGGGGUUUGAAGAAAGGCGGGGAGGAGACUGACCGAGGGUUUUAAGCAGCCCAACCCCAUCGGGGGGGUGGGGGGGGUGGGGGGGCGGGAGGUGAUGGAUGGAACCCGGUGGGAGAAGCUAAAUCCAGGCGGGAGCUAAAUCUCUCCUCCGGAGGGACCUGGACUUCUUGCUUUGGGUCUCGAAGAGGCGGCCGGACCUGCUGAAGGUGCGGAAGGUGGGAGGUGGGGAAGGGGGGGGUGGAGGAAAAUUGCAUCACUGGUGGUGUUUUGGUUUUGGCUGGAAGGCUGUACCCACGCGAGACCGCUCCGGCCACCGCUCACUGCAGGGGAAAGUGGAGCCUGGGGUUCUUCACCCGCUCCUCAUCGCUCCGGAUUGUGACCGGGGACCUGGCUGGGGUUUGGGGGGGCCCAUCGCGAGAUGUACCAGAGUUUAGCCAUGGCAGCUAACCCCGGUCCUCCGGCGUACGAGGGGGCAGGUGGCUUCAUGCACAGCACGGCCGCAGCAUCCCCCGUCUACGUGCCCACCACGAGGGUCACCUCCAUGCUCCCCAGCCUGCCGUACCUCCAGAGCAGCGGCUCUUCCCAGCAAGGCAGCCCCGUCUCCAGCCACUCCAUCUGGACUCAACCCGGAGCCGAAAGCGCCGCUUACAACCCUGGAUCUUCUCACCCGCCCGUGUCACCUCGCUUCUCCUUCUCCACCAGCACCCCCAUCCCCGCCACCUCUUCCCGGGAAGCCGCGGCGGCUUACAGCAGCUCCUUGAACCUUUCUGCUAACGGGAGGGAGCAAUACGGCAGGGGUUUCGGCAGCUCCUACUCCAGCCCUUACCCAGCGUAUAUGAGCCCCGAAAUGGCCACGUCUUGGACUUCUUCACCCUUUGACAGCCCCAUGCUGCACAACCUGCAGAGCCGAGGGACGCCCGCAGCCGCCCGGCACACCAACAUAGCAGAAUUUUUUGAUGAUUAUUCAGAGGGGCGAGAAUGUGUCAACUGUGGGGCCAUGUCCACCCCGCUCUGGAGGAGAGACGGCACAGGACACUACCUCUGCAACGCCUGCGGGCUCUACCACAAGAUGAAUGGCAUCAACCGGCCCUUGUUCAAACCUCAGAGGAGGCUGGAAGACGAUGCUGCUGGAAGCACUCUUUUUCUUAUCUCCCACUCAAGCCUCACGAGCAACAUCACGCAAAGCCAGCAAGGAUCGGCUUCCCGCCGCGUCGGCCUCUCUUGUGCCAACUGCCACACGACAACAACCACACUCUGGCGCAGAAAUGCCGAGGGAGAGCCUGUCUGUAAUGCCUGCGGCCUCUACAUGAAGCUCCAUGGGGUUCCAAGGCCUUUAGCAAUGAGAAAAGAGGGCAUUCAGACGAGGAAGCGCAAGCCAAAGAACCUUAACAAAACAAAGAUGCCAGCAGGUCCCUCCAGCAGCGAGAGUCUUACCCCGACCACCAGCUCCACCAGCAGCAGCAGCAGCGCCACGACCACUGAAGAAAUGCGCCCCAUAAAAACAGAACCUGGACUCUCAUCUCAUUACGGGCACCCCAGCCCAAUUUCUCAGGCAUUCUCAGUCUCUGCCAUGUCUGGACAUGGAUCAUCUAUUCACCCUGCGAUUUCAGCUCUGAAGCUUUCCCCGCAGGCUUACCAGUCAGCUAUCAGCCAGUCUCCUCAAAACAGCUCCAAACAGGACUCCUGGAACAGCCUCGUGUUAGCUGAAAACCAUGGGGACAUCAUAACUGCAUAACCUGGUCUUCCAUCCAUGGACUUCAGGCUGAUCUACUUGAGAGAUGAAGAAGAUGCCACGUAAUCAUCAAGUCAAUGUUGUUUCCCACCUCCCCUGCUCUCCUGCCUUCUCUCCUCUUGUGAGAUGCUCCAGCAAAGAGGUAAAGAGGAUUUUUCUGAGGUGUAGGAGAGCUCUUAUGCAAUGAACAGAGAAGACUCAACUCCCAAAGUAACUAAUGGAUUUGAAGCCUUUUUCCCCACUUUAAAUGAGCCUCUCUGUUUGAUUGCCACCACCUUCUAUGAAAUAGCCAGAAACACAAAGAUGGAUACAGUUCUUGAGUUUUGUUUAUUUAAAAAUAUCUGGCAUUUAAGAUUCAGACAAUGGUGGAACAGAGACUCUUUUUUUCUUCUGUCACCAUCCGUUCUUUUCUUGACCAGAAGAAAAUACCACCAUCUUCUCAUUAUCCAAAUUCAGUGAUCUUCCACCAAAUGGAGCCAGUUCCAGAACAGUUUGUUGAACAGACUUCACUAGACACGCUGUGGUGGCUUUACUGGAUUAUAUAUGAUCUAGGGCAGAGAAAAAAAGAGACCCUCCCCUACACACAUCCCCAGCUCACAUGACUAGAGCGUUGUCUUCAUUUUCCUAGGUGGUCUGAAAAGUUAAUGUAUCUCCGUAUUUAACAGUAAAUCCUUUCCUAUUUAUCAUUACAAAAUCAUGGGACUGUGUUUCCCAAAGGUUGUUGGCUGAGCCUGGAGAAGGUCUGUCCAAAGUCAAAGGGGGAUUUUGGAAGGACGAACCUUCUGGAAGCAGGUAGAGGAGACCCACUUUGGUCAUCAUAUCCUGGAGAAAAUUGCUGGGCUCUUCCCUUAUGGAUAGCUACAAGCCAGGCUUAGAGAUUAUUCAAGAGCACAGCAAGUGAAAGAUGCUCUUCUAACACUGCUGUGCCAUUGCUUUUGAGACAGUUAAUUUAAUUAUUUUGCAUACUUUUAUGUUGGUUUUGAUGUCAUUGAUGAAAUCUGAUUGCCAUCCAUUUUGGGCUGUACUCUGAGUUCCUACUUUCCCCCUAACAGCUGGCUCAUGGCCGUUUCAUACAUCUAAACCUUUAGGAUUUCACCCUUUGCAACAAGCAAAGGCUUCAGCCUCUAACAGAGGCAGGCAGGGGCUGUUUUCUUUACCAAACAUGUGCAUAGACUUGCUUGCCUGCAAGAGAAGCAUAACUCCAUUCGUACAUGAGUAUUAAACAAGACUUGUGUUUUUUCUUGCCCGUAAGGCUCUCAGAGACCAGGGAAUCCUGGCAAAUGGAGUUGGAAGAGAUGCUGAGAGCUCGCCGACUCAUUCCCUUUUCCCAAAGGUAUCAAUUCUACCUAACCUCGCUCUGACUGCUCUUUCUCUAGCAUGUGCUUAACAACCUCCAGCAUCGCAGAUGCCACAGCUCCUUUGUGCCAUCCAAGUGCUUCACCAGAUGCUUGCCAUGACAUUUUCAUCAACAUUUCUGAGGAGGGACAGCUUUGCCUGUCCAGGCGGGGAAUUUCUGGGAGACCUCAUCCUACGAGAUUCUCCACUCUUGUUUCUGUCCACUCCCAAACUCCGUUACUCUUCUUGCCUUCCCAGCUCCUCCCUUUCCUCCCUGCAUCCAGAACUCGAGUAUGGAACUACCAAGUGAAAAUCUAGAAGAGGGAUUGUGCAUCCCUCCCAAAUGUGCUAUCCUCUGUCUCCCACUGUUUAACAUUCAGAGUGUUUCCACCCAAACACCAAGAUACAUGGCUUGGCGAAGAGGAAAGCCACAUACAUGUUUGAAGCAAAAGAAUGGCAUUUUAUUGUUUUUGUUUGAACUCACUGUUUUCCUCCUGAUGGUGGAAAAGCUUCUUUAAGGAGAAGGAUUCAACUGGACUGGUCAUGAUAAAGACUGAGACUGGAGUCAGAGUAGAGACCUGGACCCUUCCACAUUCCCUUGCUCUGCAUAACUCAGUUUUGCAGGGUUUUGGAGGGGUGACAGAGCCUCUGCACCCCCCAGAGAAAAACCCCAUGGCAGCGAUGCCAUGGGAAUAGCAGGAUGGUGUUUGCUCCAGAGUUUCUACUCUGUCUUGAUGAGCGAAUGCAGGGUCUAGCCUCAUUAGUGUUAAUUACAGACAAGAAAAAGACAUUCAUGAAACAUGAAUAAAAAUAAAUGAAAUUCUGUGGUUCUGCUCAGGCCUGUUAGGCUGCAGAGAAAAGACCAGAACUUGCACCUAAAAAUAUGAAUUUGGGGUGGAAAUAUAAAGGUAUUCCUCCCCAGGCAUGCAGGUCUUCAGCCAGCCUCCUCCUUGUAAACAGCAGUUGAGCUCUCUGAGGAUCUGGCUGGGAAUUCCUGUCUGUUACAGAGAAGCAUGCACCACAAAGGUGCCACUUGUCCAACACACAUAUCUGAGAUACCUACAUAUUGAGAUACUCUGGACAACCUGAGAGAGAGGGGAGCAGCUGGCCUCCUAGGGGGGAGCUAAAGUCCAGACCAACCACACGCCCCAUUUCUCUUUCCGUAUGGAUGCUCCCAGAGGCUCUGUCCACCUCGCCUUAUUACUGCACUCCUCCUACUGCCCUCAGAGCUAAACUCCCUGGCUGAAUUUUUCUCAUGCCCUUGAAACACACACUGAGAGGCCAUAAGGGAGUCUGCUUGCAGUGCAAGAGGGGAAAACCCCUGCAGGACAUAAGCCUGCCUUAUGCUCCCUUGUGUUUUCUAAAUGAUAGAGAUGAGUGAACUGGUUCUCAGCCUUCCUCAAAACCUUAAAAAUAAUUAUUGAAACACAGUGAGGAGCAUUUAGAAGGACCCUGAUAACAGAACAUGAUGUCUGCCUUCAAAAGGUGAGGCUCUGGGGGCUGUGAGGACAAGUUAGCUCUCAUUAGUAGUAGAAAUCAGCUCUUUUGUCCCCGCUUUUGCACCUUAAGCAGUAGAUGCCCAGAUGCGCCUGCUUCCGUUGUUCUUUUCAGUCACCCGAAACUGCUGUAGAGAUAUUGUCGAUCCAGGAGCGUUUGCCAUAUUCCAGCCAACACUGAUAUCAGGAUGGUGAGAGGCUGACCUCAGAUGGAGCACCAUCAUGCUAGGUGCUGUACAAACACACCAUGAUAGAUGGGUCCUGUUCUACAGAGCCUGUAAAGAUAGAAGUACAGAGUAAUUUAAAUCAGAAGGGGCUAGAUCAGGGUUCUCAGGGCCCUGUUCGGUCAAGUGGUGAAUAUCCCCAAGGGUAGAAAUCCUGCAACCUCCUGUUCCACUGUUUGACCACCCUCAUGGCUGAAAUGUUUCUUCCAAAUAAAUGUUAGAUUCUAAUGUGAGGUAAAAAAUGUAAAAAUCGUUGGUAAAUUAAUUGCUCGGACUUGGGGACUCCCAAGCAAUGAGUCAUUGCAGGAGACCGGAGGUUGUUUCCAAGCCCCGGAGUCACACAGAGCCCCUUCAUGUAGGUAGGAGCUGGGACAGCCAACGCAGGAUGACAGAUACCAGAAAUGACAGAUGAAGGGAUACUCACAGGAUGAGAGGAUAAAAGUGCUGCCAGUUUCAGGAGGCUCAGUUCAUCCUAGCAAGAGGGGCAACUUACAAAAUUCUGGGUUCCAUCUGAGUUCUGCUUUCCUUCCCAUGAUGGUGUUUAGUGCCUGCUUUGUUAAUGAGAUUAGAUGCAGUUAUUAGAGACUCAUUAAGGAAAGAUAAUUCUUGCUAUUACUGCAAUAACUUAUUUCAUUGCAGCAUGUCUGGAGAACCUAGUCAGGACCAUACCAGGCCAGGCCCUACACAAAUGUAGGACCAAGAACUAUCCCUGCCCUGAGGAGUAAGAGGGAAGGGCGCAGUCCUGCAAAACAACUUAGGCAUGUAUAUAAAUGCAUUUGCGGGACUUGCUCCCUUAGAGAUCAUCAUCAAUCACACAUGCAAAUUUUUAUGUCAAAGGGUUUGCGCCACAAGGUUUGGUUGUGCCAAACCAGAGCUUUGCAAUGGCUCAGCGGUCACCAGAGCGAGAUGGGCGGAUGAGAACCAGGACGGGGAGACAGAGGGGGCAUUUAACCACCUCUAAAUGUCUUUCCUCUCUGUACAAGUGCAAUACCUUGAUUCACUCCAGUUAUUCUUCUGUAAAUUGAUCAGAAGAGAUCUGUAUUUCACUUGCAAUCUUACGGGCUGGAUGGCGAUGGUGCAAUCAGGAGGAGCUCAGGAAUAUUGUAAGGGAGCUUUAAAACCGAUCGACAACUCUUAAUGUAACACUGAAGCUGUGACUACAUCGGGGUGGUGUUUUGUUUUGCUUUUUUUCUCCCCAUGUAUAAAGUUUGAAGCUUCCAAGGUCACCUGGGAAGGUCCCAUGGAAACAGACACUUACUUGUAAGGGGGAGAGGGAAACCAACCAACUGAACAAGCUGUAAUUAUUUAAAGAUGUAAAAAAAUAUAUAUUAAGAAGUAGUAUGGCUACCAAUCCACAUAACUUCUACACCUUUAGAACUAAUGGAAAUAAAAAAAUGAUAAUAAAACCUAAAGGCUGCUGCUUGACUCUGACUACCCUUGCGGGCUUCUUGGAGGGGGCUGGGGGUAAAUGAUCACAUAUGACAUGCACCUGGAGAAGCAGUGGUGCAGCGGGCCCUGUCCUAGGGAGCUCCUAACAAUGGAAGUACAGAGUAAUUUAAAUCAGAAGGGGCUAGAUCAGGGUUCUCAGGGCCCUGUUCGGUCAAGUGGUGAAUAUCCCCAAGGGUGGAAAUCCUGCAACCUCCUGUUCCACUGUUUGACCACCCUCAUGGCUGAAAUGUUUCUUCCAAACAAAUGUUAGAUUCUAAUGUGAGGUAAAAAAUGUAAAAA